CCAGACUCGCGUGUUAGUUACCGGCGAGUGAUUGUGAGUGUUGCGCUAGGCUAGGUCUGAGGAGACUCGGCAAACUCAGUAAAGGCGAAGGGCUUAAGUUGGUUCCGCGGCAGAAAUUGUCAUUUUUGGUUUGCACGUCCGAGAGGCUCCAAUGUUGAGUUCAAGCGGCCUGUUGGUGGCUGUGCUGCUCGCUACGGUGCUGGCGACGUGCGAGGCGCUCAAAGAAGGAGAAUGUGAAGUGUGUGUGACUUUUUUGGGCAAGUUCUACGAGUCGCUUCAGGAGCACAAAGCGGACAUGAAGAGUGACGAUGUGGAAAAGGCGCUCCUCAAGAGUUGCGGAACGGCCAAAGGCAAAGAAAAUCGAUUUUGUUACUACAUUGGGGCGACCAGCGACGCAGCCACCAAGAUGAUCAACGAGGUGUCCAAGCCGCUCAGCUACCACGUCCCUGUCGACAAAAUAUGCAAGAAGCUCAAAAAGAAAGAUGGCCAAAUCUGCGAAUUGAGAUACGACCGGAUAUCAUACGGAGGCCGCCAUGACAGUAUGUGCAGAACGGAUGCGCAAGACACGUCAGCUAUAUAAAGAGCGAGAGUUCAGUUCUCUACCUAUUAGUUUCAAUCAGCAUAUAAGAAAAUGCGUAUGACAGGUAAUAUUUUAUUUCACAACACUUUGCCUUGUUCCUUUCUUCUCUGCUGUUCACUUCAAACAGGCUCCAUACAAACACAAUGCUCUCGUAUCAGACGCUUGCUCGAUCACCUGCUCGUUUGCUGUCACAAUGUACCCUACACAAAUCCGAAACCUUUCUUUGCUAUCGAGUUUGCUAGCGCAUGCGCAGGGAUACUGACCGGCAGAAAUACAUCCGGUUGUUCCCAAAGAUGAUCUUUUUUCUGAAAUAAUUUUACGUUUACGGACUUAAGAGUCAAGAUUUGGGUGCGUAUUAUACAUGGGUACAGGCUUUUUUUCCAGCAUCGACAUGCCAUUUCUAGGGUGCGAAUUAUGCAUGGGGGCGUAUUAUACAUGGGAAAUUACGGUAUCCAAUAAAUUUCGUUCCACUUCACGAUUGUGUCCCACUUGUUGUUGAUUCCUGACAAAACAUUUUAAUUUUAUAUCUUUGUUUGAUGCCUGAAAUGUGGCGAAAUGUUGAAAGGUUCAAGGGGGCUGAAUACUUUCACAAGGCACUGUAACGUGAUGUUGACUGAGGUCAUUCUGAUGUGCCACCGUAUUGUGGGACAAUCAUGAUGACGUAUGUUGGGAAUUACUUGAUUUUGAGCUUGAACUUUACAUCGUAUGCUGAAAAUUUCGUAUGUUUAAGCAAUUGUAUGUCGAGGUUUGACUGUACUGUUAUUUUUACGAGUAAGGCUCACUGAUAUUGGAAGGCCUUUAUGUGGAAAAACUUGUAUGUAAACUGUAGUGCUUUUAUUUCUUGCAAUGCCUUUUUAAAAAAAAUAAAAAAUAAUUAAAUAUUU